UCUUUCUCUCUCUUGUGAUAUUCAAUUUUUUCAUUCUAUCUCACACACACAAACACCGAAACCGCCUUUUUCAAAGCUUAUAGGGUCUCUCUUCUUUUCCCCUUUCAAAUUCUUAGGGUUUCGUAGAGUCUCCAAUACAAUGUUCCAGAACUUUCUCUAAUUUCAAUAUAUGAAAUAUAUCAAACUUCUCUUCAUCACAGUCGCUUAAUUUUUUCUUUUUUGAUUUUUUUCUUCAGAUUGAAGUUGCUGAUUUAUACUCACAAUUGACAAGUUCUAAUUUUGAAUUUUUAACUGUUCGAAGACAUGUUUAACGAAGGUGCCCCUGAGUUUGUUGUUGAUCAGAACAACAUGUAUUACCCUGCUCCCACCAAUUAUGGGUAUUAUUGUACAGGUAAGUCCAAAACCAUUGUACCUUUUGGCUUUGAGGUUUAAUCCAGUCAAUCAUGUGUUAUGUAACAUAUAUAUAAUAUAUGUAUGCAUUAUAUUGACCACUUGGUAUUUAUUGUGGCCAGGAUUUGAAUCACCCGGUGAAUGGGAGGACCACCAUAGGAUUUUUGGUGUAGAUGGUCCUGACAUUCAGUACACGGGUGCGCAAGAUGAAAGUUUUCCAUAUGUAUAUUACACACCUAGCUAUGGAUUUGCACAGUCCCCAUACAAUCCAUAUAAUCCUUAUAUUCCAGGUGCUAUGGUAGGAGUUGACGGUUCAUUUGGAGGAGCACAGCAGUAUUACUCCAUCCCUGAUUAUCAAACCCCUAUUUCUUCGCCAUCUUAUAUUCCUCUUGUUCAACCAGACAAUUUUCUCGAUAGUUAUGUUGACUCCAGUGCUUAUGGCAGUAGACCUGAUGGAAGAGGCUCAAAACAUAAGUUCAAUUCAGCUUCUGGUGCAUUUACCAGGAACUCUUCAAAACCAUUAUCAAAUCAGACAAGUUCCUUGGCCAGGGUACCUGAGGGGACAAGAGCUAAUGCUUUAGCGAAGAAUGAUUUGACAAAUGGAAGCGUUCCUAACAGUGGGUUUCUUAAUUUGGCUUCAUCUCCUUACUAUCAGGCUAGAAGCGCUGAUGUAUCAUUCCCGUCUAUAGAUACUAUUUCCAAUGGAAAUGUUUUGUCCCAUGGUAAUCAAUUGAAAGUAGCUGCCCCGUUGAGUAACGGGUUUUCUGACUAUGGAUCAAAUACUAAUGGACAGUCUGCAAUUGCUAAAUUUCGACCAAAGUUUCAUGUUGCCAAAGUGCCGAGUGAUGUAAAUAGAAGUGGUGAUUUAUUGGGUGAGCAAAAUCGGGGCCCUAGAGUUAAUAGGCCAAAACAUCAUCUGGCUAUCAAAGCCUAUACGACCAAGGCAGGAGAAGCUAACACACAAGAGAGCAUCGUUUAUACUGAUCAAUAUAAUAGGGAAGACUUCCCUAUUGACAAUGAAAAUGCAAAGUUUUUUGUUAUAAAAUCAUACAGUGAGGAUGAUGUGCACAAAAGCAUUAAAUAUAAUGUGUGGUCAUCGACACCUCAUGGAAACAAGAAGCUGCAGAGUGCUUAUGAAGAUGCCAGGAGAAAAGCUUCUGGAAAAUCUGGAGGCUGUCCCAUCUUUCUUUUCUUUUCAGUUAAUGCCAGUGGUCAAUUUUGUGGAGUUGCUGAGAUGGUUGGUCCUGUUGACUUCUAUAAGGAUAUGGACUUUUGGCAGCAAGAUAAAUGGAAUGGUAGCUUCCCUGUGAAGUGGCACAUCAUAAAAGAUGUGCCAAAUGGCAAUUUUAGGCACAUCAUACUAGAGAACAAUGAGUUCAAACCUGUAACUAAUAGCAGAGACACACAAGAGAUAAUGUAUAGAAAGGGUCUGGAUAUGCUGAAAAUAUUCAAAAGUUACACUUUGAAGACAUCUUUGCUUGAUGAUUUUAUGUACUAUGAAAACCGUCAAAAGGUCAUGCAGGAGGAGAAAGCUAAGUUGGGGAUCAAGAGUUUUGGUAGUCCAUUAUCAGUACCAGUGUUGGAGCCACCUCGAAAGCUGAAUUAUGUUUUUGAAAUUCCUGCUGGCAGUGAUGAGAAAAAUUCAAAGAUAGAUGGUGAACUUGGUAGCUUAAAACAGACUUCAAUUUCAAGUGCUGCACAUAUUGUUGAUAGUCCUGAUGUCACCAGCACUGCGUCUGUGGAUGAGAAGGUUGAGAAUGGUGUUGACGGACAAGAUAUUUCUUCUGUUCUAAAGAUUGGUUCAGUCACUAUUAGUCCAAAACAGGUCGAGGCUAAACCAUCUAAUACAGAUCCUAUUAGUGUUGUCACAGUAGGCUCAAUGCAGGUCAGAGUUAAUGGAUUUUCGAAGUCUUCUGGUGCUUUAAAGGUUGGGAGUAUCCCACUUGAUCCAAAAUCUCUACAGGCAGGCAAAGGAACAACCACUUGCAUCAAAACUGGACCUCAUCCUUAAGUUUUAGCUGGUGAUGUCAAUGCAUUAUUUUUAUCUUAGAAUGAUGGAUAUAUUCCAUCCAUCAUUAUGUUGGGUUUCUUUUCUACAUUUGUUUACUGCUUUCACUUGAUCGGUACAUGGCUACACUGUUGGAUGGAUCUUUCCAACUGUGUUGAUACAGAAAGUUUUAAAUGACUUAGUUUAGCUUCGUUAUAUAUCAAUCAACACAAGGUUUUCUCCUUGUAGAUUUCACCCUUUAUGUUGUCAAACUCUCUGCGCCACCUUUGUUUUGUGUAUUUCUUUCUGUUCGGCUUUUCAAAGUUUCCAUUUGUGAUAUUGUGUCGUGUUUUUCUGUUUUAUUUGAUUUAAUUAAACUCAGAAAAUGUAACGAUUGAAUCGAUGAAAGCUUUCCAUUAUUAUUAUUAUUAUUAUUAUUGUUGUUA